AUGAUUAAAAAUGAAAUCAGCAACCAAUUUACAUUUCAAAACUCAAUAGCCCUUCAAUAUGGUUUUGUCAUUCUGUUCCAGUUUUUUCUUGAUUGUGCUACUAAAUCUUUAUUACUUUUCCUGAUAAUUGUUAGUACAAAAGGAGUUGAAAACGACGAGUAUAGCAGUCACUUUUCAAAACCAGUAAUUUGUCAAGUUUUAUUCGUCAAAAUGAUCAAUUUUCAUCCGAAACAGCUAUGGCGCAUAGCAGUAUUCAUGGUUAUAUAUUCGUCCAAGACAUGUUCGUUAUUAACUCUGUGUCCGACAGCAACAUGGAACCCCAAUGCAACAACCGUAGCUGGUUCUAAAUCAGGCUCGUCAGGAUCGACUUCAACCAGACUUUAUUAUCCAUCGGAUGUGUGCGUGGUCAACAACAGUGUGUUCUAUGUAUUAGAUUCAAGCAACUAUCGCGUUCAACGUUUUUCGAAUUCUACUACUGGAAUAACAGUGAUUAAUGGUACUUCUGGUGCUGGUACCAACCAAUUCUAUAGCAUGAAUGACAUGUCUAUUGACAGUAACGGAAACAUAUACAUAUUGGAUGGGGAUAAUGCUCGUGUUACCAAGUGGUUACCGAGCGCCUCCAGCGGAACAAUUGUUGCUGGUGGUAAUGGUGUUGGAAGUGACACCAAUCAGUUUGAUGGAGCCAUGGGAAUGUUUAUGGAUACAAGUGCAACAACUAUUUGGAUUGCUGAUACGAAUAAUCAUCGUAUUGUCAAAUGGACUUCACCAACAACAAGUACUGUUGUUUGUGGAGGUUAUGGAACUGAGAAUAAUCAGCUGAUAUAUCCAUUUGGCGUAUACGUCGAUGCAAACGAUGCAAAUGCUCUUUAUGUGGCUGACACGGGAAAUCAUCGUAUUCAAAAAUUUUUAACUGGUGCAACAACUGGAGUGACCGUUGCAGGAAUAACACAAUAUUAUGGAUAUGGUCUCAAUCAAUUGCGACGACCAUCUGCAGUCAUGGUAGACAACAAUCAAAACAUGUUUAUCGUUGAUACGAACAAUAAUCGGAUUAUGAAGUGGACGGUUGGAGCAAGUUCUGCGCACUUGGAUUUUGAUUCAAAUGGGUCACUAUAUGUUGCGGAUGAAUAUAACCAUCGAAUUCAAAAGUUAGCUAUGUCAUGUGCGACAGCGAAUAAUGUCUCGAUGACGACACCAGCAUCAACAACAAGAAUGCCGGAUACGAAUCUUAGUUGUUCUUUGACUCCCUACGUGUUCAAUGCUACCACCAUUGCUGGCUCAUAUUUAGGUUACUAUGGCUCUGAUGAAAACUAUCUUGACAGUCCAUACGAUGCGCUGAUCGACAAGAAUGGUAUGUUGUAUGUAGCCGAUUCUGACAAUUGUCGAGUACAACGCUUCCUUCCUGGUUCGACAUCUGGCACAACUGUUGUGAACGGUAGUUCAGGUUCUGCUCUCAACCAAUUUGGAUCCUUGGACGGUCUGAAUGUUGAUGAUAGUGGCAAUAUCUUUGUUCUGGAUGCUGGCAACAAUCGAGUAGUAAAAUGGGCCCCAGGAGCCAGUAGUGGCGUUGUUGUUGCUGGUAACAACGGGUCAGGAAGCGGUACAAGUCAAUUAAAUUCACCUUAUGGUAUAUUUUUGGAGACAAAUACAUCAAUCGUCUGGAUAGCUGAUACGUCUAAUCAUCGAAUAGUUCGCUGGACACCAUCAGCGACAACAGGAAUGGUUGUCUGUGGAAGUUCUGGAUCAACAGCUGAUAAAUUCAGAUAUCCAUAUGGAAUAUUUGUGGAUACUAGUGAUUCGAAUACAUUCUAUGUUGCAGAUACAAACAAUCACCGAAUUCAAAAAUGGUUAUGGGGUGCAGGUAACGGAACAACAGUUGCCGGUCAAACAUCUGUCUGUGGUAGCGAUGUUAGUUUACUAUGCUAUCCAGUGGCAGUUGUCAAAGAUCAAAAUGGAUACAUAUUCAUAGCUGACAAUAGCAAUCAUCGUGUUAUGAGAUGGAUGAUCGGAGCAUCAUUUGGAAUGAUGGUUGCUGGUGAUUCAGCAUAUGGAGUAUUGCCGAGUCAAUUGUUGUAUCCGUAUAAUGUAAAACUUGAUCCGACUGGAGCUAUUAUUGUUACUGACAGCAGCAAUAAUCGUAUUCAGAAAUUCUCUCUCCGUUGUAGUGCUGCAAGCUCGUCAGUGACUUCGGCUGUGUCCGGAUCGACAACACCAUCAGUAAGUGUAUCACGCUCAACAUCAGCAGGAGGAAGUACACCAUCUCCUUCUUCUUCUUCUCCUUCUUCUUCUCCUCCUUCUUCUUCUUCUUCAUCGUCGUCUUCGUCAACACCACGGUCAUCGACAUUAUCAGUCUCGAGUUCGUCGACUGCAACAGCUGUAUCAAUGGUCUCAAGUGCGCGUACCAAUGGAACAUCAAUGAUUAGACCAACAACAACAUAUCCUGCAUCAUCAUCUUUUGCUCAAAUUCAGCAAUAUUCACAAUAUUUAUUGAUCAUUGCUUACGGAAUAAUCAUCUUGUUCAAUUAA